GUACUCAGUAGCCAUUGCAAACACUUAGCUACAAGUGAUAUUUCCUACGGUUCGAAGAAUAGCUAAGAUAUUAUAGAAGAUGAGGACCUUUAUCAUCAUCACGGUGCUGUCAGCACUCGCUGCCUGCUAUGGUGCCGCUGUCCUUCCCAGCGAGAAGGUGAUGUCCGAAGGUAUCACCAUAGUAUAUGACGUGGAUUCACCCAAUGGAAGGGUUAUGUCUAGGUCGGACAUACUAGACCCCUUAUUCUUUCUCUUAUCUGAGUCGACCAUUAACGUGCCAGCUAUUCCAGGCGAGGUACAAAAAGCUGGCAUAACGUAUCAAGCUCCAGUAGGAGUCACGAUCGGCAGAGUUACAAUAACUCUUUACGCCAAUCUUCCUGCCGAUACACAAAAUUCUCCAUUGGGAAGCAACUACGUCGAAUCACUUGUGACAUCACGUCCAGGACACGCCAUUAAUGGAAGUAUUGCUGUCUAUAGGUGGGCAGAUUAAUUGAAUGGACCUGAUGCUGUAUACUCCGUAAAACAAUGACAAUGUGCUAAUUACUGUUUAUCAAAAAUUUUGCUAUCCAAUACUCUCAGUAUCAUCAUCAUCAUCGUCAACAGCCUAUAAGUGACCACUGCUAACCGAAGACAUCUUGUCACACGAGAAAGUUUGAGCAUUAAUCACCAUGUUUGCCCAAUAAGGAUUUGUGAUUUCAAACUUGUAAUUAGAAAUUAUAUGGCCAAGUUUCCUCACGAUGUGUUACUGCUAGUAUAGUAUUGUGUAAAUAACUAUAAAUUAAAUUGUUCAAUUCAACAUUU